AUGGAUCUGGGAAAUCCCAGCCCUGAGUCGGUCGCGACAGCGACAUUACUUUCCCAGAGUAUGCCUCAAUUAUCCGCCUUUCUGCGCUGGGACACUAUUACUGCACAUUAUGUCUAUUUUAUUAUAACCUCUACGAUCGGCAGUGUCAUAAUUUAUACAUCGAGGAAGAUCCCGGGGUUUCAAUAUGCUGACGCGGCAUUCAUGAGCUUCAGUGCCAUGACUGGCACUGGAUUGACAGUGAUUGAUCUAUCUAUGAUGAAUACUGUUCAACAAGCUACCCUAUUCAUAUUGUUUAUCUUGGGUCACGCUAUUCCUAUCCUCGGUGUCCUCUCUUUCACACGCGCCUGGGCGCUGGGCUCUGCCCUGAACAACAAACAAAAGAAUGAAACAAAGGCAGAGGAGGCUUAUAUUCCAUCCCUGGAUAUACCAGAAAAGCCACUCUCAGAAAAACAGGAAGAUGAAUCUGAGAAAUGCAAGACUUCACCAGAAGUAAAAAUUGCAGUGCUGGAAGCACCGACCGACAUUUCUUCACCCGUCGAACCUGAUGGACCAAACAAGGCCAGUAACUGCAUUGUAGUUACCGACCUCACACAACCAGAGCCAGUCCAAAGCUUCGUUCCCGUUGAUGAAAAGGACAGUGUCUUGAACACCAAAAGACGCAUUUCACGCAUGCUUGCCAGGUUCACGGGCAUGGUACAGCGCACAAAAGAGCACCUGAACUUGGACGCCUCAGUCGAUUAUUCGGAUCCGGAGGGAGUAGAGUACAAAGCACGCUUAUUCCUUGCCGCACUUAUGAUACUCUAUGUCUUUGCUUUCCUAUCUUUUGGAAGCCUAGCUCUUGGCCUGUGGUUACAGAUAUACAGCCCAGAGGUUUCUCUUACCGAUGGCAUAUCGCCAUUCUGGACAGGAGCUUUCCUUGUUACAUCGGCAUUUACCAAUAAUGGCAUGUCUCUCAUUGACACAAAUAUGAUUCCGUUUCAGAGAGAGGCCGCUCCGCUUCUCAUUUGUGGAACUCUAAUACUUGCUGGAAAUACGCUGUUCCCUUGCUUACUCCGAUUAUCCAUUUGGACUAUAAGGAAGAUGCUGCCGGAUACACCGACUUGGCAGACGUGGCGACACAGUUUGGAUUUUGCUCUUAUUCAAUCCCAGAAUGUAUGCUCUUCGCUGUAUCCUACUUGGCAUACGUGGUUCCUGUUUGGCUCAGUGAUAGUCCUCAAUGCGAUCAUGUGGGCAGCCUUCGAGCUUGCAUCGAUUCGCAACCUGGAGAUCGGCUCUCUGCCUGCCAAGUACAGAGCGUUAGAUGGUCUUUUCCAGUCUUUGUCUAUACGUGGUGGUGGUUUCUCAAUUGUGGAAUUUGGGGGAUUACCACAAGGACUGCUUAUGCUAUAUGUGUCCGCUGCCAUUGGAAGCACAACCAACCCAGAAAAGCCAACGAAAAUUUACUGCCUCGAGGCCUCAGGCGAAAAUCUUUCGUCGUUACAAACCAGCCCAACCCCCUCGAGACUUGCACGCAGCCGAUUUCUGUACCAACAACUACGCUCUCAAUUCAGCCACGAUAUCUGGUGGAUAUCUUUCGCCAUUCUGCUCAUCACAAUCGCCGAAUCAGAUCAUUAUAAGAUUCAACCUGUGGAGUUCUCCACCUUUAAUGUGAUUUUCGAGGUCAUCUCCGCCUACAGCUCCGUCGGUGCUAGCAUCGGGUACCCCGGGAGCAAUUUUGCUUUUUGUGGUCAGUGGAAUACGUUCAGCAAGCUUUUAUUGGUUGCGGUUUCUUUGAAAGGACGUCUUCGGGGAUUAUCCAUUGCCAAUACCAAGCUUGCAUCAUCAUCGUCCUGCGAGCUGGCAAAAGAGCAAUCUUUUGAUGUCAAAUUACAGGAGAAGGAUGGCUAUAUAGAGUCAAAUCGAAGGCUAUCGUCCUGUGUAUGA